AAUAGGUUGACUGGUCAUGAAAAGACUUAGUUGCCACAAAAUUGACUUGCAGUGACUCUUACACUGAAGCCAUUGAUGUGUGAACCUGAUGUGUUUAAGCGAGCAUCUUUGUUUUAAUGAAAAUAUGGACCCUAAACCCAUUCAUAAACAUACUCCAGUUGUAUCACUUCUGUUGUGUUCGUGAUCUUUGUGAGUCUCCCGGCUCCUGUUGUGCUCCAUCAAGGUUGACAUAACCACGUGAACACUCAAACCAAUUAUGGCCCCUGGCAGCAGCUUAUGAUCAGGUUCAUCUUGUGUGUGGGGGGGAUUUCUGCUCUCUUAAUUGGAUCAGGUUGCUUACAGAGGCUUAGCAUGACGUACAGCAACUUUGAGUUUAAUCAUUAGCUUCUUCAGCAAUCCUCCGCGUCUCUGGGAGAACGCUGCAUCAGGAUUAGCCUCACCUGUUUGUUUAGAAAAGAAAAAAAACCACCCAAUUUUGGUGAGGUUGGGCUUUAUGAGCUUAUUUUUGUCUGGCACAAUGGGAAAGGAGAUGGUUUUGAAAAAAUAAGACUGUGAGGUCUGGCUGAAUUACCUUACCUUUGUUUCUUUGCUGUGGGAUGGAUUCUACAUUGAGUUGAUUCUCAUGUCUGUCAACUAUCUUGAGGAAAUCCUGAUAAACAAGCAUCAAGGAAACAAGAACCCCAGGUUGGCUUAUUAAGGAACAUUUCUAAAACUUAAGUAGAGUGUGGAAACCUUGAAUCUCCUGCAACCGUACACCAUUUGGCUCUCUUCUUCAGUAGCAAGGACACAAAGGGCACAAAGGACUUUGCACAAUGGCUUUGUUGGUAGUCAAGUUUGAUUUGAAGAAGCGAGUGAAGCUUGCUCAGACGGUCUGGUUUAUGUACUGGUUUGCUGUACUGGCUGGUAUUCUUGUGCUCAGCUUGGGCCUAUUCUUCAAGAUUGAGCUGCGAAAGCGCUCAGAACUUAUGGACAACAAUGAGAGCCACUUCUUGCCCAAUGUGCUCAUAGCUAUGGGUCUUAUAGCUUGUGGUAUCAAUGCCUUCGGAGGCAAAGUUUGCUAUGACUCCUUGGACCCUACAAAGUUUGCAAAAUGGAAACCAAUGUUAAAGACCUUUUUGGUUUUCUGCGUGGGGUUCAAUGCCCUCCUUAUUGUCACCUCCCUGCUAUGCUUUAUAAUGAGGAUCCCUUUGCAGUUCACCCUGGCCGAGGGUCUGAAGAAUGGCAUGAAAUACUACAAGGACACGGACACGCCAGGACGCUGCUACAUGAAGAGGACCCUGGACCUGAUGCAGAUGGAGUUUCGCUGCUGUGGGAAUGAUAACUACAGGGAUUGGUUUGAGAUUCAGUGGGUCAGCAAUCGAUACCUGGACUUCAGCGCAAAGGAAGUCAAAGAUCGAAUCGGGAGCAACGUGGAUGGACAGUAUUUGAUGGACGGAGUCCCAUUCAGCUGCUGCAACCCCAGCUCCCCCAGACCCUGCAUCCAAUACCAGAUGACCAACAACUCCGCUCACUACAGCUAUGACCACUACACCGAGGAGCUGAACGUGUGGAGACGUGGCUGUCGGGACGCCUUGCUGUCUUAUUACGGAGGCAUAAUGAAUACCAUCGGAGCUCUAGUGCUGCUGGUCACUAUGCUGGAGGUUGCUGUGACCAUCGGCCUGCAGUACGUUGACACCUCCCUGUCCACGCUGGCCAACCCGGAGGACAUGGAGAGCGAGAGCGAGGGCUUCCUCCUGGAGAAGACAGUGAAGGAGACAUUCACUGACAUCAUGGCUAAAAUGAAAACCAUGGGGAAAGGGGCAAAGGUGGAGGAAGGGGGUGAGGAGGGCGUCGCUACUGUCAGCUGAACAAACUCCAGCCACCUGCAGAAACUGUGAAAACUUCCACCUGAAGUGGAGAUGACAAGAGAACAUUUUCUACCAGACUUUAUUUUCCAGCUCCACCAACUCACCCAAUCUGAUAAAAACAAAGUGAUUUAAGCUUUCGAAAUAAAUUGAUUUUUUAAA